GACUGUUGAAACCCCAUUUCCGUACCCUAUCCCUGUUUUCUACUUUUCUUUCUUUCCGUCUGUGUCCUUUUGGUUCUUCUUCCCCACCUAGUGCCUCAGAGUAAGUUUUUGAAUCUCUAAUUUAUCGGAAUUGUGCUUAAUUUUUCAACUUCCAAGCUUCGACUCAGGACGCUGCGAAAUUUCUAAUUAGGGUUUAAACGAAAGCUCGCUCAAACAUACUGUUCGUUUCGCAUUACAACGAGUUUCUCGCAUCAAAACUAGGUAGAUUUCAAAGUUCUGCUUGAGAAGGAAGGGAUUCAAUAUUUUCUUUAGUGCUGUUUGCUUGGCUGCAUGAAUAUGGGUGUCAAGGAGCCGGGCGAGGAAAUUAAUGUACAGUCUAUGAUAGAGCAGCUUGCUCAGGCAUUUCUUGAAUUGGAAGCUCUAAAAGGGGAGUCUGAGAACAAGAUUCAGUGGGUUGAAAUUAAGCAACAUUUCAAUGACCUUGAGAUAGAAUUGGGUAAGAAACUUGAAGAAUUCAAAGCUAAGGAGAAGGAGUAUGAAGCGAAACAAUUAGAAGUGGAUACACUACUUGAAGAGAGGAAGGCUGCGGUUGCUUCAGAAGAGCAAGACCUCUUAGAUCGGUUGCAGGAGCUUAAAGAUGCUGCUGUAGCUUCCAUUGUAGAGGCUCAUGCAAAUCACCGGAAUGCAGCUCUGGAGUCUGUGUAUGAUGGGGAGAACAAAGAUAACAAGGUAAGCAGCUCUCUUGGCGAUACAAAUUCCUCAGAGGAUGAUUUUCCUCAUGAGUCAGCUGAAAAGUAUGAAAGUGUGGCUGUUGAGGUUAGGCCACAUCCAGAGCUGACACAAUUUUGUGAACAAAUGGAUGCAAAAGGUCUUCUGAAUUAUAUUGUGGAGAAUAAAAAAAAAUUGUCUGUUAUUCGUGAAGAAAUUUCUGUUGCAUUAGCAAAUGCAACUGACCCUGCACGAUUAGUGCUGGAUUCACUGGUGGGGUUUUGUCCCACCAAUGAAACUUCCCAACUAAAAGAUAAAACGGGUGCUGCCCAACAGGGCAUGUGCAAAUACUACAUUAUAAUUUUGGAAGCCAUGGCCACCUUAUUGGCAAGGGCUAACCCAGGUGCAGAUCACUUUCUGAACCCUGAAACCAAACAGCAAGCCAAAGCAAUUGCUGAUGAGUGGAGGCCCAAGUUAGCUAGAGCAGAUAUUGGUGCUGCCAAUGGAAAUUCAUUGGAAGCAAAGGCAUUCUUGCAGCUUAUUUCAACUUUUAGGAUUGCUUCAGAGUUUGAUGAAGAAGAACUCUGCAAGCUUGUACUUGCAGUUGCUCAGCUUAGGCAGGCUCCCGAGCUCUGCCGCUCUAUUGGGUUAAUUCAAAAAAUUCCAGUUGUUGUAGAAACGUUAAUCAACAAUGGGAAACAAAUAGCAGCUGUACAUUUUAUUCAUGCCUUCCAGCUUCAAGAAAGCUUCCCCCCUGUGCCCCUUCUGAAGGGAUACCUCAAGAAUAGAAGGAGAAAUUCACAAGUGAAGACUGGAAAUGUGCGUGAUAUUGCCAGUGCAAAGAAUGAUGCCAAUGCACAAGAGCUUGCAGCACUGAGAGCUGUAAUAAAGUGUAUUGAGGAAUACAAGCUUGAAUCUGACUACCCACUUGAUACACUUAAGAAAAGGGUUCUUCAACUAGAGAAAUCGAAGGGGGACAAAAAGAGAAGUGGAGAGUUUAGCAAACGCCCUCAAUUAAAGAGGCAAAGACCUAAUGAGAGAUACUUUUCACUCCAUUCAUCUGCUGUUACUGCCGCCUCAACUGUUGCUUUGGGUAGGCAGGUUCCGCAUGUUAGGGCUCCAUACGCAGGAAAUCCCGAUAGGUAUCCUCAUGCUGGUACAAUCACAUACGAUUACCAAGUUCCAGGCCAAUCUAUAUACUCUGGACCAGCCAAUGUACCUCCUUCUAACUAUGGUCGUUAUAUGGGUACUAGUUUGCAAUCCUCGCACCAGCCAUACAUGUGACAUAUUACAUCCAAGAAUUAGUGGUAAGACUACAGACAUGAGAGCGACCCACUCAUUAGUAUAUGUUACCCGUUUUCCAUUGAGAAUUUGUGACAGGGCCUCAUGUAUGUUUGUCAGCAAGCAACUAGUUAGUUUUUGUUCGCAUGCUCAGAGUUUGUGUUAAUGGAAAAUCAAACUCACCUGUACUGAUUCUAUCCCGACAUUUAAAAUGUACCUUUUUUGUGA